UAAGGGGGGCAUACUGGAGAGACAGCCUGACACUGCCGAGGAGAGAGCCUGGGAACUAGAGACUGCCUGGUAUUCCAGAAGAGAUCUAAGGUACUGGUGGAAAAAGACUGCCUGGUUCUGGUGGAGAGCUCAGGUACCAGUGAAGAGAGAGAGCCUGGUACAGGUGGAGAGAGACAUCCUACUAUUGGUGGAGAGCCCAGGUACUGGUGGGGCCAGACAUCCCUGCACUGGUGGGGAGAUCUUAGGUACUGGAGAAGACACUAUAAGGUUGAGGCGAUACAAUUGGCACAAUGGGGUCUCUGUACCUGGUGGGGCGGUACAGCAGCCAUGAGGCCAGGAGACGAGCGCACUACUAGACAUUACCAAGGCUACUAGUCGUCCGGCAGGUGAACUCCUCCAAGGAUCAUGGCCUCGGAGUGUGUGAAGGUGGUGGUCCGAUGCCGCCCCAUGAACGACAGAGAGCGAGAGCUGAAAUGCCAGGCGGUGGUGGCCAUGGACAGCAGCCGGGGCCAGUGCUUCAUCAGGAAGCCCGAGGGCGGGGAAGAGACCCCCAAACAGUUCACCUUUGAUGGGGCGUACUACAUUGACCACUGCACUGAACAGAUCUACAAUGAGAUCGCCUACCCACUGGUUGAGGGCGUGACGGAGGGAUACAAUGGCACCAUCUUCGCGUACGGUCAGACCGGCAGCGGGAAGUCGUUCAGCAUGCAGGGGGUCCCGGAUCCGCCUGCACAGCGAGGCAUCAUUCCUCGGGCCUUUGAGCACGUCUUUGAAAGUAUUCAGUGUGCGGAGAAUACCAAGUUCUUGGUCCGAGCCUCGUAUCUGGAGAUCUACAAUGAAGAGAUCCGGGAUUUGUUGGGAGAGGACACCAAGCAGAAACUGGAGCUGAAAGAGCACCCGGAUAGAGGUGUGUAUGUGAGAGCCCUGUCCCAACAUACAGUGCACCGUGUGGCCGAGUGUGAGAAGAUCAUGGACACGGGUUGGAAAAAUCGCUCUGUAGGAUACACACUGAUGAAUAAAGACUCGUCUCGGUCGCACUCCAUAUUCACCAUCACCAUUGAAAUCUGUUCCACAGAUGAGAACGGAGAAGAUCAUCUCCGAGCUGGGAAACUCAAUCUGGUGGAUCUUGCCGGGAGUGAGAGACAAUCUAAAACUGGAGCCACGGGAGAGAGGCUAAAAGAAGCCACAAAAAUAAACUUGUCCCUCUCCGCUUUGGGCAAUGUCAUCUCAGCUCUUGUGGAUGGAAAGUCCAAGCACAUACCUUACAGGGACUCCAAACUAACCCGCUUGUUGCAGGACUCGCUGGGAGGAAACACAAAGACACUUAUGGUGGCAUGCCUGUCUCCUGCUGACAACAACUACGAUGAGAGCCUUAGCACCUUACGUUAUGCUAACCGGGCCAAAAAUAUUAAGAACAAACCACGUAUCAAUGAAGACCCCAAAGACGCCUUGCUUAGAGAGUUCCAGGAGGAGAUUAAGAAAUUGAAAGAGAUGCUUGCUGAACAGCUGGACAUCAAUGAAGUUCCAGCAUUUCAGAGGCCUUCGGGGAAGUCCAUACAGAUGGAAGUAAAUGGACAUGGAGUGGACAUGGAGUCCGAGAAACAGCUGAUCCGACAGGAGUACGAGGAAAGGUUUGCUCGUCUGAAGGCGGAAUAUGAAGCGGAGCAGAAGUCUCGAGCUCGGUUAGAAGAGGACAUCAAUAACCUGCGGAACUCAUACAGUCAGCAGCUGGCUGAUAGGGAGCAAGAUCUGCAAAGGAAAUCAGAAGCCAUCGUUAUUGGUCCAGAUGUGGCCGCUGGUGCCUCAGCAGAUGGGUCUGAAAAUCAGCCAGAAGCACAAGUGGCCGUACAUCUCCGCAGCAUAACAAGAGAAAACCUGGGGAUGGACGCUGCGUCAACUACGCUCAUCCCUCCACAGGAGGCCACACGGUCUGUCACCCCCCAGCAAGUCCUCGCCAGGUUGCAGAUGCUGGAGCAACAGGUUGUCGGAGGUGAACAGGCGAAAAACAAGGACCUGAAGGAAAAACACAAGCGCAGGAAGAAGUAUGCGGAUGAGCGCAAAAAGGAACUGAUCGCUGCACUGCAAAAUGUAGAUGAAGACAGCAGCGACCGAAUACUGCUUAAUGUUUAUGAGUCUAUUCAAGAAGAGCUGCAAGCCAAAAGCAAACAUCUAGAGAAGAUCCAGAAGAAGCUGAAAGCUGCAGAGAUUGAAAUUGAAGAUCUGCACUCGGAGUUUGAACGAGACAGAGACGACUAUCUGGUUACUAUACGACGCCAAGAAAUGGACCUGCUCCUCUUCCAGCAGAUCCUGGACCAGAUCCAGCCCCUGAUCAGGAGAGACUGCAAUUACAGCAAUCUGGAUAAAAUCAGGAGAGAGGCUUCAUGGGAUGAGGACAGUAACAGCUGGAAGAUCCCUGAAAUUCUCAUCCAGAAAACCAGUCUCCCCUCAGCCCCAGGUCUUCCAUCAGCUAAACCAAAGAGGACACCACCAAGUGAGAACGGAGAGCACCACCUGGGGGAAGACCGAUACAAAGUCAUGCUCCACAAAAGUGACAGUGAAAACCUUGCAAGCAACUACUUCAAGUCCAAACGCGCCAGCCUAAUUCUCAGCGCCGAUCCGAUGAAGAGCUUGGCUCUGCACAGCAAUUCUCCAGCCUACAGCUCUCCGCUCAACACAUCCCCUUCCAUCUUGUCUGCCAGUCUCAACUCUGUGUCCCCAGUUCAGUCCCUGGAUGCGCCCCUCCCCCGACCAUUUCGACUAGAGUCCCUGGAGAUUCCCGUCUCGUCUGCCAAAACCAAGCGCAAGAAAAGCAAAAGCCAUGGAAAUCCAGAGGCUUUCUGAACAUUUAGGGGCGACUUGCUGAUCUGGAACCCACACAAAACACCAAAAGAGAAUGAAUGUAUGGACCAUGAGAUGCUUCUGCACUGCCUGGACGCGCUCCCUUUGUGAAGCACGGCAUAUAAUAGCUGGGGGGAGGGGAGAAUCUGGUUUAGCAUUGAGCUUCAUAAAGGACAAUGUGAAUUACGACACAUUCUGCAUGUGAUAAGUACAUUACCAUUUUAUGUAAUAUUGCAUGGUUGAAGGAAGCCUGCAAUUUUCUGUAACAGAGGGGAAACUUUUCAUUGCAGAAAAUUGCAAUCACGUGCAGUUUUUUUCCUAUGGGAGAAAAAAAUGCAAUUUACAGUAAUCACAAAAAAAUCCAACAUGAUAUAAUGCGACCCUAUAGAAAUGCAUUCUAGGUGUUGUAUCGUGGACAUGCUUGUACCAGUCGUGCGCAAUAUAUCACUAUAGAGCGCCACCAUAAAUCAUCCUGUUUCUAACCACACCAGGUCACAAAUAAAUAUGGAACAGACGACGGGUCGACAGCAGCCAAUCACAUUCAUGCUUUUAUUUUUGAAAAACGAAGGCCGGAAUCUGAAUGGUUGACUGGACUCA